AUGUUCGGGCAGUCCCGCCGGAGGCGGGGCCGCAGGCCGCUCGGCGCCCGAGCGGAGCCCGAGCUGUCGCAGCUGCAGGUGGUGAUCGAGUCCCGGGACCCCGGCUGUCACAGCUACCCCCACCUCGCUUCCAACGAGGCCUAUCAUUUAACUGUAACUGAGCCUGUGGCUGUACUGAAAGCAAAUGAGGUAUGGGGUGCUUUAAGAGGUUUGGAAACCUUCAGCCAGUUGGUUCAUGAAAAUGACUAUGGAAGCUUUCUUGUCAAUGAAUCUGAAAUUGAUGACUUCCCAAGAUUUGCUCAUAGAGGAAUCUUACUAGACACUUCAAGGCAUUAUUUACCACUGAAAUCUAUUCUUACAAACCUGGAUGCCAUGGCUUUUAACAAGUUCAAUGUUCUCCACUGGCAUAUAGUAGAUGAUCAGUCAUUCCCUUACCAGAGUAUUUAUUUCCCUGAGUUAAGUGACAAGGGAGCAUACUCCUAUAACCACAUCUAUACUCCUACUGACGUCCGUCUGGUGAUUGAGUAUGCGCGGUUAAGAGGCAUCAGAGUUAUCCCAGAGUUUGAUACCCCAGGACACACGCAGUCUUGGGGAAAAGGUCAAAAAGGUCUUCUCACCCCUUGUUACAGUGGAGAACAGCCAACUGGGUCCUUUGGACCUGUAAAUCCCAUUUUGAAUACAACUUAUAACUUCAUGACUAAAUUCUUCAAAGAGAUCAGCAGUGUAUUUCCAGAUGCGUACAUUCAUUUGGGAGGAGAUGAAGUGAACUUCGAUUGUUGGAAAUCUAACCCUGCAGUGAAAGAAUUCAUGAAGAAGCAAGGAUUUGGCAUUGACUAUGCUAAACUGGAAUCUUACUAUAUUCAGAAGAUUUUGAACAUUGUUUCCUCCUAUGACAAAGGAUACAUGGUCUGGCAAGAAGUGUUUGAUAACAAAGUGCAGCUUAAACCAGAGACUGUAGUUCAAGUGUGGAUGGAAAACAACUAUGCUCAUGAACUGAGCAGUGUCACUGGAGCUGGAUUCACUGCUAUCCUGGCAGCUCCCUGGUACUUAGACUACAUUAGUUAUGGGCAAGACUGGAAGAAAUACUACAGCGUUGAACCGCUUAACUUCCCUGGUUUGUUACUUUUUUUUAUAUGCAUGUUCUGUGCAUGAAGUCUUUGGUUCAUAGUAAGGUGUAAAUGGAAAGAAUAAGGCUCUUUAGAGUGGUCAUGCAGUCACUAUGAUCAGAUACGCUGUAAUCAAAGGACUUUAAUGUCAGCUAGGGAUCUGGAAAACUCAAAUAAAAAAAAAAAGCAACUUUCCACUUCUUACGGGGAAAAGUGUUACCUUCCUCAAGCAUCUGGCACUGGGGCUUGUGUGAGAAAGGAUGCUGGACUAGGUGGGCAGAUGCAUCAUGAACUAGGGGCAGAGUUGUGCAAAAUGCCUGUUGGUAGACAUUGAAUUUGUAUGUUUGCAAGCUUCUGGAGCGUUAGACUCUUCUAGAAAAAGACGUUCUCUCCCUCUGGCUAAAGCUGAUACAAACAUCUUAUAUUUUCCCUGGGGCUUUCACUUUGUGCAAGGUAGCUCUCAGAGCUGAUUAGGGAGAACACCUGACUUCAUAGCUUUUUCAAGUAAUGUUCUGUGUAUGAUAAAAUAAACAGUUUCAAUCAGGACUGAAAUCUCUGAAAAAUGUCAGAAGGCUUGAGGAAUGUCUUCAGAGGAUAAAAGAUAAAAUCCUUUCUGACAGAGAAGGGAAAUGGGUUCUCUGGGCAAAUGGCUUGGUGGUUCUCGCAUUCAGUAACAAGACUACCAAGUUAGUGCUCAGGAUAGAUAUUUUAUAUGAUAAACAGCUGAACAUCAAUCCUGUCUCAAUGUUGGAAAAUGAAAUUGUUGAUAUAUGCCCAUCUUCUGGGCAAAUAGAAAUUCUAACUUUCUGCUUUGAAUUCAGGAUCUGAAAAACAGAAAAAGCUUUUAAUAGGUGGAGAAGCCUGCCUGUGGGGGGAAUUUGUGGACGCAACUAACCUCACACCAAG